CAAAAAAAAAUAGAGGCGACUAGGCAUUUGCGAGCUAUAAUGAAAAUUCAUGCAUCGUUGGGACAAUUAAACGUGUAAAAGCUCUGUGGCCGCGACCCUUGCUGUGGAUUGAUUUCAAAAUGGCGUCAAGCGCGUUGCUUGCUAGAAUGCGUCAUUUAUAGAAGCGGUGCAUGUGUAUUUCUACAAUGGUUUAAAAAUAGAGGACUUGCAUAAGGCAGUUGCAUGGAUUACAAUGAAAAAUGUCGAAUACAGUGAUAACGAACUAUACGGACCUAAAUGGGCCUUCCACAAAGGCUGAUAGUUCUGUUGUUGUUAUUGUAAACAAGGAUGGAUCUCUUUCUGUGGAUCAAAACUUACUUGGAACGUUAAUGGGAACUGAUGGAUCACAAGCUGCUGGAAUAAGUGUAGUUCGAGUGGGACAUGAAGGCAAGCCUGAUGAUGCUACUGACUCAGAGGGAGAGGAUGACAAAAUACCGCAUGUAACUCUUUCAGUUGACAGUUAUUAUGAUGAACCUAAUAGCAUCAUAAAGUAUGAUAGUGGAGCUGAGAUGUUACAAUCAUUAAGAAUCGAAACAAGAGAGAACAGUCUGAUUGGGUUUCAAAAUGACCACUGUUACACACCUCUCUUGUCUCCCAGCCAGUCUCUCCCUCAGAGAACUGACAACUUUGCCGGCUAUGAUGAUCCUGUUAUUGAGAUCACUCACACUCCACCUCCAAAACCAGUCCCAAGUGCAAAGAAAAUCACAAUACUGGAACAGCAAAUCAUACCCAAAGGCAGAAAAAUUGCUAUAAAUCCUCAGGAAGGUAUUAUCUUGAAGGGAAAUGAUGUAUUAACGAAACCAUUGCCAGUAUUGACAAAAUCAAAAUAUGCCACUGAACCAGAGAAGAGUACAGCAAUUCAACCGAAAAGUGAGGAAGAAAAUGAAUCAUCAUCUGCAAGCUCUUCUCCUGGAGCAAUUUCUGAUAGAGACUCUGAUUCGGACUAUAAAGAUACAAAAGACAGGUCGGGACCUCCCAAGUUACGUAAACCAAAAUUAAAACCUAGAAUUCUAAAGAAUGCCCAGGCUGCUAAAGCCAAAGUUAGCCCCAAAGUAGCUGCCAGAUUGAAGGCUAACAAGAGUCUUGUUAAACGAGAAAUUAAAGAAAAGAUCAUCAGUAAAAAUGUACCAGAAAAGAAGCAGAUUUCUUCAGAUGUAUUGCAGAAGGAAAGUCCUGUUGUACCAGAAGUCAGUCUUAGUGGCCAUGAACUUAGCAGAGUGGUAGUGAAACCAUCUUUGAAACCGGUCAAAAAAGAAAAGAAAACACCUGCUCACGUUUCCGCAUUAUUAACUGACAUGACAUCACUGUUCUCCACACCUGAUGUAAUCAGAAGGGUUUCAACUGAAAACAAACCGCUCACAAAAGGUGAGAAGGACCAAGUUGUCGGCAUAAAGAAACAAGAUCUCGCUAAACCACAGGAGGGAGAAGAGAAGCUGUCAGAUGUGGCCAAACCUCUCGGAGUCAUCGACAAAACGAAAAGUGUCAUUCCACAGAAAACAUAUUCCAAACAGAAAGAUAAGGCGAUCAAUCCCACCGAUAAGGUAUCUAAAGGCUACGAUCUCAUUCCGCAAAUCGAUGACGCCAGCCUGGCGCAGAUAUUGCAAGACACCCCUGUGACGACUUUAAACAAAACUCAGCCGAACAUUUCAACCAUCCACACCAUGAACAGCCCCAGUCUCGCUGGCCCACUAUCUCCCACACUCGACCUCCUCGGCGCCCUGCCGUCCGAGGAGGAAGGUUUGAGCGAGGACUUCCUGAUGCACGUCGCGCAGCUGGUCGAGAGCUCCGAGAACCUCCAGGAGGUGCUCGACAAGCAGGUUCUCGGGAAAGUGGACGCCUCGUCCGCCGCCGCCGCGCUCGCGCCGGCCGCGCGGCCGCCGACGCCGCAGACGCCCGCGUCGAGGAGUCUCCUAUACCAGCAAACGCCCACCAAGACGGCCAAGACCCUGCCGCCGCAGAAGAACCCGAUCGAGAUAGUGCGACGCGACGGUCGCGUUAUCACACUGCCCCGAUAGAGGCGCCCGCCACGAGGUCAUCGAAACGGAAGAGUCAAAUGACGGGCCAGGACGUCGCCCCCGCGCCCGCGCCCGCGCCCGCGCCCGCGCC